AAUUUGAAUAAUUAGUUUAAAUGUGCAAUUUUUCUAGUAUAUCGUAAUAUUUAAUUAAAUAUUAUUCGAAUUAAAUGAAAUCUUCAACAAAAGCAGUCAUCCAAAAAUUGCGAAGCAGUAGAUUACAAGAAAUCAAUUUUUCUUUCGCACUGCUGCCCUUUGAGAAGUGUCAACAUUGCUGAUUAGAUGUUGUUUAUGUUGAAUUGUUACGUGUCGAUUCUUUGAGUUUAAUCGGCUUGGUUGACGAAAUAUUCCGUUUGAACGUAUAAUUAAUUAGAUAUUUCGGUGUUUUUAUCGUAUUAAAAUACGCGAAUUCAUGUCAUAAGUAGUGCCGAUGUUGACGAAAUUCGAAUCGAAAUCUGCCCGCGUGAAGGGUUUAUCCUUCCAUCCGAAACGUCCAUGGAUUCUAGCCAGUUUACACAACGGAGUAAUUCAACUAUGGGACUACCGAAUGUGUACCUUGUUGGAUAAAUUCGAAGAGCACGAUGGACCCGUGAGAGGUAUAUGUUUUCACGAUCAGCAACCGAUUUUCGUUUCUGGCGGAGACGAUUACAAAAUCAAGGUAUGGAAUUACAUUCAAAGAAAGUGUAUCUUCACUCUUCUGGGACACGUGGAUUACAUUCGUACAACUUAUUUCCAUCAUGAAUAUCCUUGGAUACUGAGCAGCUCAGACGAUCAGACUAUUCGUAUAUGGAAUUGGCAGAGUCGUCAAUGUAUUUCCGUUCUUACCGGGCACAAUCAUUACGUGAUGUGUGCGCAAUUCCAUCCCAGUGAAGAUUUAGUCGUAUCUGCUUCUCUAGAUCAAACAGUUCGUGUUUGGGAUAUUUCCGGUUUACGAAAGAAAAGUGUCGCGCCUGGGCCCAGUGCUCUGGAAGAUCAUCUGAAGAAUCCCACUGCUACCGAUUUAUUCGGUCAAGCCGACGCAGUUGUUAAACAUCUGCUGGAAGGACACGAUAGAGGUGUAAAUUGGGCGUGUUUUCAUCCUACCUUACCUUUGAUCGCGUCCGGUGCUGAUGACCGUCAAGUAAAGUUAUGGAGGAUGAAUGAUUCGAAAGCUUGGGAAGUUGACACUUGUCGUGGCCACUACAACAAUGUUUCUUGCGUUGUUUUCCAUCCGCAUCAAGAUCUUAUUUUGUCGAACGCCGAAGAUAAGAGCAUUCGUGUAUGGGAUAUGACAAAACGUACUUGUUUACAUACGUUCAGAAGAGAAAACGAUAGAUUUUGGUUUUUGAUCGCGCACCCUACGUUUAACUUAUUUGCCGCUGGUCACGAUUCCGGUUUUAUUAUUUUCAAAUUGGAACGAGAACGUCCUGCUUACACCGUUCACGGAAACACUCUUUAUUACGUUAAAGAUAACAACUUGUACAAGCUAGAUUUCACGACGACCAAAGUAUCUACGUUGAUACGCUUAAGAAGUCAUGGCCGAGUAAAUGUUUACAGUAUCAGUUAUAAUCCAGCUGAAAACGUUCUGUUGGUUUGUAUUCGCAACAGCAACGUUGAAAACAGUACCUACGAUUUGUACGCACUUCCGAAAGACAGCGAUCGAACUCCUAGUUCGCCUUCGGACAGUAAACGAUCCGCAGGUCUCACAGCUGUUUGGGUAGCACGUAAUCGAUUUGCUGUCCUAGAUCGAAGUCAUUCCCUUGUCAUCAAAAAUUUGAAGAAUGAACUCACUAAAAAGGUGACUACUCCUACAUGCGAUGAAAUAUUUUACGCCGGAACUGGUAUGUUGUUGUUGAGAGAUCCCGAUAAUAUCACUCUUUUCGACGUACAUCAAAAAAGAACAAUCGCCCAAGUCAAAAUAUCCAAGUGUCGUUACGUUGUAUGGUCAUCCGAUAUGAAUAUGGUUGCCUUGUUGGCCAAACAUAAUAUAACUUUGUGUAACCGAAAAUUAGAAACGUUAUGUUCGGUACACGAAAACGCUAGAGUGAAAUCUGGUGCGUGGGAUGACUCCGGCGUAUUUAUUUACACUACGAGCAAUCACAUCAAGUACGCGAUUACAAACGGCGAUCACGGAAUAAUAAGAACUCUAGAUAUUCCGAUUUACUUAACCAAAGUCAAAGGAAAUCAAGUUUACUGUUUGGAUAGAGAAUGCAGACCUCGAAUAUUACGUAUUAAUCCCACCGAGUUCAAAUUCAAAUUGGCUCUCAUCAGUCACAAGUUCGAUGAAGUUUUAUACAUGGUUCGUCACGAUCGUCUAGUUGGCCAGUCUAUCAUCGCCUAUCUGCAGCAAAAAGGAUACCCAGAAGUUGCUUUAUACUUCGUGAAAGAUAACAAAACUCGUCUGGCUUUAGCUUUGGAAUGCGGGAACAUCGAAAUCGCUCUGGAAUCCGCCAAAAUCCUCGAUGAUAAAGCCUGUUGGAAUCGUUUAGCCAGCGCUGCUUUGUUGCAGGGUAAUCAUCAAGUGGUUGAAAUGUGCUAUCAACGUACAAAGAAUUUCGAUAAACUUUCAUUCCUAUACCUGAUCACCGGUAAUUUGGAUAAAUUACGUAAAAUGACCAAAAUAGCGGAAAUCCGGAAGGACGUUUCGUCGCAGUUUUUAGGCGCGUUGUAUUUGGGUGACGUGGAGGAACGUGUGAAAUUAUUGAAAAACUGCGAUCAACUAUUGCUGGCGUAUCUAACAGCAGCUACUCAUGGUUUGCAAGAAGAAGCUGCCGAAUUGAAACAAGUUGUAGGUGAAAAUGCACCUAAAGUUGACCCGAAAGCGGUGUUACUAAGACCUCCAGUUCCGAUCGUUCAGGCUGAAAUGAAUUGGCCUUUGUUAACCGUGUCGAAAAGUUUCUUCGAAGGUUCGGCCGCGAAAUCAAAAUACAACGCCAUUGCCGCUGUCAAUGAAGACGAUGACAAUUUAGAGGUGAUUGGCGACGAAGGUUGGGACGCCGAUUUGGAACUAGAUGACGAAGAGAACGUGCAAAUCAAAGAAAGCGCCGGAGAUAUCGACGAUGAAGGUGCAGGUUGGGAUGUCGGCGACGACGAUCUAGAAUUGCCGCCUGAUUUAGUCACUAGCAACGAGAAAGAAGAUAAUUUCUUCGUAUGUCCGACAUUCGGCACGCCAGAUUGUCAGCAGUGGGUUAGCAAUUCCCAGCUACCGAUUGAUCAUGUUUUGGCUGGAUCAUUCAUCACCGCCUUCAAAUUGUUGCACGAUCAGUUGGGUGUUACUAAUUUCGCACACUACAAACAGAUAUUCCUAACAUCGUACAUGCAAUCCAGAACUAUGUACUCGCCAUUACCGCUGACUCCGCCGUUGUUUGUUUACCCUCUACGAAACGUGCAAGAUUCGUCCAAAACAUCCUAUCCUUGCGUAGUCUUCAAAUUACCCACUUUAAUAGAAAAUCUACAAGCUUGCUAUCAAUUGACCACCGUUGGGAAAUUCUCAGAGGCAGUCGAUAAAUUCCGCAGUUUGCUGCUGACCGUUCCGUUACUAGUAGUCGAUAGUAAACAAGACUUCUUGGAAGCUCAGCAAUUGCUCAAUAUUUGCAAAGAAUAUGUCUUAGCGUUACAAAUGGAAGUCACACGAAAAGAUUUACCCAAGAAUACCAUCGAAGAACAGUUACGCAUUUGCGAGCUUUCUGCUUACUUCACGCAUUGCAAUUUACAACCUAUUCACGAAAUUCUUACCUUACGUACAGCAGUAAACCUAUUUUUCAAGAUUAAAAAUUACAAAACGGCGGCCUCUUUUGCGAGGAGAUUACUGGAGCUCGGUCCUAGGCCAGAAGUAGCUCAACAAGCUAGAAAAAUUCUACAAGCCUGUGAGAAGAAACCCACCGAUGAAAAUAAUAUCGAAUACGAUGAACGCAAUCCGUUCAAUAUUUGCGGUUACGCUUACGUUCCUAUUUACAGAGGAAAACCAGAAGAAAAAUGCCCGUUCUGUAACGCCGUUUAUUUACCGCAGUAUAAAGGAAAAGUGUGUAAUGUUUGUAAAGUUGCUGAAAUUGGUAAAAAGUCGUCGGGUCUUCGUAUUAGCUUGGAACGAUUUUAAUUCGUAUGAUUAUAUUAAUUUUAUAUCUCCGCAUUGGUCGAUGUAUCUAAUAUGUGUGUGGAUCAGUUUUCUGUUGAUGUCUGUUUUGUAACGCAAUUAAUUUACCACUAUAUGAUCGAAAAAUAUGUGAUGUUUGUGAAGUUGCCGGCAUCGAUAAAAAAAAAUAUAAUCGUUGAAUUUUGCGUUAGUUUAGUAUGAGAGAGAUUUUAAUUAUUAUACCUAAUCAUAUUUAUUUUGUACUGUAAGCAAAUUUAUUUCAUGUUUUAAAAUAAACAAAUUUUUGUUAUA